CGGAUUGCAUCAACCCAUUCUCCGUCAUAAACCUUUCUUGAUAUCAUCUCGCACGACUUCUACUUCCUUCCACAAAUUCCAUCCUCUCAUCUUGUCUACAUGGCACAACAAGUUGAGGGCAACCAUCCAACUCUGCUCAUAGAUGGAGAUGGAAAUUUCAACUCAAAAUUUGUAGAUGAUCUGAAACUGGCUGCCGUGAGCCGUCCCGUUGCUGUUGUCUCCGUCUUCGGCGUGCAAAGUACCGGAAAGAGCACACUUAUGAAUUCUCUGCACUCCACUAAAUUCAAAGUGAUGGAUGCCAGCCAGGGAAUGCAUCAAACGACAAAAGGUAUUUGGGUGGCAAAAUGCCCUUUACCAAAUCCAAAUGGUGGCCCUGAAAUCCUCGCUGUUGAUACGGAAGGAAGUGAUGGCUCAGAGCGAGAGGAUGAUACGAAGUUUGAGAAACAAACUGCGCUAUUUUGCUUGGCUGUUUCAAACACAGUCAUAGUCAACAUGAAGUGUUAUACUGUUAACCUUAAUAAUGGAGGGAAUCGGCCACUCUUACGAACUAUAUUUGAGGUAAUGAUUAGAAAAUUUUGUACUCGACGAAAGGUGAAUCUAGUGUUUGUUCUCCGUGACAAAAACAAGUGCCCUCUGGAUAAGUUGGAAGAACAGCUGAAAGAAGGAAUGUAUAAGAUAUGGGAAGGAAUGAAGAAGCCCGAAGCACAGCUGAAUGCUUCACUAGAAGAUUUCUUCAAUAUUAAAGUGGUAGCACUAUCGAAUUUUGAAGACAAGCCAGAACAGUUUGAAAAUGAGGUUGCUGGUCUGAGAGAGCGGAUUAUCUCCAUUUCUACAUCUGGUGAAGGUGCUGCAGGGAGUACGCCAGCCUCGGGUUUUGCUGAUUAUGCAAAGAAAAUCUGGGACAAAAUUAAGGAGGACAAGGACCUUGACUUACCUCAUUACCGAAUCAUGGUUGCUGAAAUACGCUGUAACAAAAUUGCUGAAGAGAAGUAUCAGAAUUUUUACGAGAAUAGGUCCUGGCUUCAAAUUGAGAAGGAUGCAAUCUCAGGUGCAGUACAAGGCUUUGGCGCUAAAGUCAGUCCAAUAAUUGCCAUUAAUCUGUCUGAGUAUGAUGAGGAAGCUCAACACUAUGAUGAGACCAAAAGGGACGCAAGCAGGAAGCAGCUAAUUGAAAACAUCAUGAAGGUUGUUAAGCCAACCUACCUUUCUGUGGUGGAACAUAUGAGGCAUGCAAUUCUAGCAAAAUUCGAGGAAGCAGCUGUGGAUGAGUUAAAGAAAAACGGAGUACUCGUAGCUAUGAAGACCCACAAAUACAUCAUUGAAUUCAAGAACCAGCUCAAAGAUGCUGCUGUCAAACAAGCAAACUGGAAUCAAGAUACCGAACAAUUGGCCCAACUGGAGUCAGAAAUAGCCCGCACCGUAGAAGGGAUUCGUGCCACCAAUGAACUGCUUGAACAGCAAAAGGCGAGGAAACUACAAAUUAAUAAAGAUAAACGAGAGUUCUGGUUGAACAGUGCAUCAAUUGGGGCAAAUGUGUUGAAUACUGCCGCAAGUGUGGCUUCUGUAAUUAUGGUAGCAGGACACGCUUAAUCUGGGAAAAACUGCUGGCCACGAAGUCAUUACAGGUCAUUCUAUAUUAAUAAUACAAAGACUUGAAGAUUUGUUGUUUGCUAUUAUUUGCGUACCGGUUUUCUCUGUUUGUUUUGUACUCUUUGAAGGAUUUUUGGUGCUCUUCCAGGGGCUUUGCUUUGAGUUGGGGCAACUCAAUUUUUAUCCUUUUUUUCUUGAUAAGAUUGUUUCUAAUUGCCUCAUUUGCGACAUUGAUGUUGUUGGUUAUAAUAAUGUUUGUGGACAACGUAUAAAUUUGCUGAUUGAUUGUAUUUGGGCUAAGGAAACAUGCUUAG